UGUGAACGGAGGAUUGUUGGGAGAUUUCAACGAAUCCUCUACACUGCCUGGGCGGUUACGGCGGCGGCGAUGAUGGAGGGCGAAUUGAACAUUGUGGAGUACAUUGACAGGCUCAGCCUGCCCCAUAUCGACAAUGAGCUGCACGCGGAGUCCUUGCUGGAGGCCUUUGAAGAGCACAUUGAGCUCCUGUGGAAGCAACACGAGGAAGCGAAGAAUGAGGUGAACCGGUUGGAGCUCGUGAGCAGAUCUGGGGAGGAUCGACACGUCACCACGCUGCAGCGGGCUGCAGACGAAAUUGAGGAUGGAAUGGACAGCUUGCAGAGCCUGGGGACCAACAUUGCCGCCGUUGCUGUGAAACUUGUGCAUGUUGGCGACCAGCUUGAAGGGGCAAAGGGGCGGCGGGAUCGGGCUGUGGACGCAUCCACACUCAUCCGACACUUUAGCGCUUUCGAUGACUUUGACUCCCGUCUCUUACCGCCGUUUGACAAGCUCGAACACCGUGCAGACCUUGAUGACCGCGACCUUGCGCGCGGCGUCGACAGAACGCGGCGGCCACAGGACGAGCACCUCUCUGACGAUGAGCUCGGGGUUGCCGCUGCCCUCAUGGUCAAGAUGAAGCACCUUGCUGCUGAGCUCAACCCACAGGCCUGCACCACCGCCCGCCAGCGCAUUGCGUUUGUCAACCAGGAGCUCGAGGAGCAAUGCGUUGCGGAGUUUCGCCGCUCGCUCGUGCUGGACAAAGUCGAUCGCAUGAAAUUCAUGGCCCGCACCCUGCAGAGCCUGAGCCCAAAGAAACAUGCCAAGGUGAUGGAUGUGAUGAUUGACCACAUCAUGACCGGGUUUCAUGGUCUGGACGCGAAUGUGUUUGAGGCAGCCAUCCAGCUCUGCAAGCAGGCUGCCUCGUUGACGUCGCGUGUGUUUGACGAUCCCAGCACGGUUCUGCAUCUCUUUGUCCAUAAAGUCUUUCAUCGCGUCAUCGAGGCGCACGUGAGCAAAGAAAUGAACCGAGCCGGCGACAAGAUGCAGUGCCUGUACAACCUCUUUCUCAGGGUUGGCGAGACUGCUGCUGAGCUGGACGAGGAGCUUGAGAUGCACAUGGAUGCCGCCAUGAAGAACGAUCUCUGUCGCAGCGUCUUCAACUCAUAUCUCCCAGACUACCUCGACUCCGAGUUGGAUUUGCUUCGCGACGCGUACACAUCUGCGCUCUCAUCGUUCUACAACGAAAUCAGCCACGAGCGCAUCAGCAAAGGGACGUCGCCAAAGCUCGGCCGGCGACUGGUGCGCGGUAGCGGUGAUGACGAGACGCCACGCGGUGAUCUGGUCGAUGACACUCUCGCCAUUGGCAUGAUCCACGACAACCAGGUCGCCCUGCACCGCUGCGCUGUUGUUGCGCCGAAGACGAAGGUUGCAGAGUGGUGCUUCCGCAUCUUUGUGGAGCUGCUUGACGGUCUGUGCAAGGAGCACCUUGGGUAUGCCCUCUGGUACGGCAUCAAGACACUCCCGCCACGCAAGCCCAAGUCUGAGCCGUCGCUCGUGUUUCUCCAGACGAUGCAUGACGUCAACAGCACCGUCUUCCUCGUGCAGAAACACUACCAGAGCAACGUUGCGCCGCUCGUGGCGAGCAACCCGGAUGUGCUGCAGGCGUGUGUGUCGCGCAAGAAUGCGGUCAUGACGCGGCUGGAGGAGGACAUUGGGACCGGUCUGGCACGAUGCAUGGGGGCAGUCACAGAGUGGACGAAGCACUGCCUCGCACAACAGGACAAACACGACUUCAAGCCAGAGGACCCAGCCGUGCUUGCCCUGUCCUGUACAAAGGCGUGCGAGAUGGCGACGACGUUUCUGUCGAAAGUAAUCAAGAAGUUGGGCGUGUGUCUCAACGGCAAGAAUCUCUCAAAGGCGCAGCGCCACCUUGGUUGUGCCGUGCACAGCAUGCUCAUGACACACAUCACCCAGUUCACCUUCAACGGCAUUGGCGCCAUCGUGCUGACACGCGACCUUGCCGCAUAUCAGCACUGCUGUGCACAGCUCCAGGACACAUUUGUUGAUGGGCUGUUUGACACGUUGAAGGACUUGUCGCAGUUGCUUAUGGUCAAGGCUGAGACCAUCCCCCAACUCUGCCGCGAGGGAAACCUGGUGUCGAUGGACCGAGCUGUUGUGAUGCGCUUUCUGCACCUCCGCCACGACUACAAGUCAAGCAAACUCGCAACCCUCAAACUGUAACCAACCCACUCACCAAUACCCCCAUGUCACACGCUGAGUACCACCAGCUGUUGCUCACUCGCGUACUCUGCUUGUUGCCACACCUGUUGCUGCAUGCGUGAGAGAGUGUGUGAGUGUGAGAGAGAGUUUUAUUGUACAGCGAAGCAUGCCUGUCACGCCCUUGUUGCAUGAUGUGACACCACAUAUGUACACAUUUGCGGCAUGGUGUGAUGUGAAGUGACGACAACACGACAUGAUGAUCAUGAGCCACAAGUAAACGAACCCCAGAAGCCCA